CUCCUUCUGCCGUGUUGCCAGAUCUCCCGAGGGUAUCUAUCCCCACUUAAGUCUGGCCAGUUACACCUGUCUCCGCAAUGCCCCCCAAGAAACAGGCUGAGGCCGGGGGCAGCAAAAAGGCGGAGCAGAAAAAGAAGGAGAAGAUUAUUGAGGACAAAACUUUUGGUCUGAAGAAUAAGAAAGGCGCAAAGCAACAGAAGUUUAUCAAGGCUGUCACUCACCAAGUUAAAUUUGGCCAGCAAAAUCCACGUCAGGUAGCACAAAGUGAAGCUGAAAAGAAAUUGAAGAAAGAUGACAAAAAGAAAGAAUUGCAGGAGCUGAAUGAACUUUUCAAACCUGUAGUUGCUGCUCAAAAAAUAAGCAAAGGUGCAGAUCCCAAAUCUGUGGUGUGUGCAUUCUUCAAGCAAGGACAAUGUACUAAAGGAGAUAAGUGUAAGUUCUCUCAUGACUUGACUUUGGAGAGAAAAUGUGAGAAACGAAGUGUUUAUAUUGAUGCAAGAGAUGAAGAACUUGAAAAAGAUACUAUGGAUAAUUGGGAUGAGAAAAAGCUGGAAGAAGUAGUGAACAAGAAGCACGGUGAGGCGGAAAAGAAAAAACCAAAAACUCAAAUAGUGUGCAAGCAUUUCCUUGAAGCUAUUGAAAAUAACAAGUAUGGCUGGUUUUGGGUGUGCCCUGGAGGGGGUGAUAAUUGCAUGUAUCGUCAUGCGCUACCUCCUGGAUUUGUGUUGAAAAAGGAUAAAAAGAAAGAAGAGAAAGAAGAUGAAAUAUCAUUAGAAGAUCUAAUUGAAAGAGAGCGUUCUGCCCUGGGUCCAAAUGUUACCAAAAUCACUCUAGAGUCUUUUCUUGCAUGGAAGAAAAGAAAAAGACAAGAAAAGAUUGACAAACUCGAACAAGAUAUGGAAAGAAGGAAAGCUGACUUCAAAGCAGGGAAAGCUCUCGUGAUCAGUGGCCUGGAAGUGUUUGAAUUUCGUCCUGAAUUGGUCAAUGAUGACGAUGAGGAAGCAGAUGAUACCCGUUACACUCAGGGAACAGGUGGUGAUGAGGUUGAUGAUUCUGUGAGCGUAAAUGACAUAGAUUUAAGCCUGUACGUCCCAAGACAAACUCUUCUCAAAAAAAAAGAAACUGUUGGCAAUUGA